AUGUCCUUCGAAUCGCCUCUUCCACCCUACAAUGCCUCCGAUCCCACGGCCACCUUCCUCAAUUCCUCUUGUUUGGACCUCCUCCUUAUCGAACUCGUCCCUCUGGCUUACCGUACUGUACACGCACUCGAUGCGCCUUCUUCACCCUCUUCAUCCUCUCCAAAUUCAUCUGCGCCUCCAAAAAUGGAGGAAGAAGAAGAACGCGAACGAGUAUUUUACCGUCUGGAAAGUCUCGGAUAUCGUGUCGGAUUGGGUCUCGUGGAGCGAUUUAGUAAAGAUCGACCUCGGUUUACAGAUACAUUGGAUGUUAUUAAGUUUCUGUGUAAGGAUUUGUGGAUGUUGGUUUUUAGGAAACAGAUUGAUAAUCUGAAAACGAAUCAUAGGGGAGUCUACGUCCUGACAGACCAUUCAUUCCGGCCUUUUGCGCGCAUGAGUACAGAGCCUGGCGGAAAUGCAGUUAUACGCGCUCAGCCUUUCUUAUACUUCCCCUGCGGCAUAAUUCGUGGGGCUCUCGCUUCAAUGGGUAUAAAUGCUACUGUUCAAGCGGAAACAACUGAAUUACCGGGUGCUACAUUCCAGAUUAAGAGUAUUGUUAAUACUACCACGGGGAAAUAAUGAUUAUACUUGGAUUACUGGAAAUAACACAAUAAACUCUGCUAUUGCCGUCAAAACCACACAAUAGGCCGGCCAGCUGUAAUAUGAAGAAGUAAUGGGCUUUAGAGAAUCCCUCAUAUACGCAACUACCCAGAGUCGAAUGCCAAGAGAGGGCGAGAAAAAUAGAGAUAUACCAUACCACAAGGUACAUCAUAGUACAAUAAUAUUUGCGACUUAGCGAUUUGCGAUUUAGCGAGAUGGUAUGGCAAGGUAUGGACCCGGAUCAGAUGAUGAUCAGCAAGGAGUCAUAGGAAAGGGCUGAUGAAGCCAGGAAACUUCAGGGUUAUGGAAGUAGACAUAUUCUGCCGCCGAUAUUGUCGUCGCGAUCUCAGGCAAUGGCGAUGAUAGAUUGUCCAGAAGAACCCACGUUAUCAACGUAGUGGGGUUUUGCUAUGGGGGAAUAGCAAGAGAGAUGGCCCCUAAAGCAGGCACUAUAUAGCCAGAAUGCAAUCAGGAGAACUCACGUACGUUGAAUAACAUAUGCUUACAGAGCGUCAUGUUGCAUUGCUCCCUAGUGAAAGCAAAGUCAAUUGCUACCUGCACUCAUAUCCUCAUUUCCAUUCACCAUAUCUCAUGGUAUCUUCCCUUUCUCCACACUCCAGAUGUACGAGGGAAAGGAAGCGAGGACGAGUAGAAAUAUAAAAACUCCAGGUUCCUCUCAAACCUCUGAAGUAGAUAGCCUCCACAAACCAAAUAAUCCCAUGAUUUUUUCUCUCCUGGUUCC